UAGUAUAUAUAUACAUAUAUAUAUGUAUAGAUCUUCCCAGAAGGCAAAUCAAACUAGAUAAGCGAAGAUGAAUACACUUAUAGUGAUGAUGAUUAUUAUUUUGGUAAUCACAGUGAUGCUUAUAAGGACGACGAGGAAGAAGAAGAAGAAUAAACCCCUAGCCGCGGGGCCUCGAGGGGUCCCGCUGCUAGGAAACUUGCUUCAAUUCGACAAAUCCAACACCCUCUCAUACCUCCAAAAGCUAUCUCACAACUACGGCCCCGUCGCCCUCCUCCGGCACGGCUCCACCCCGAUCCGGGUGGUUUCCUCGGCGGCGCUAGCCAAGCAGAUACUCAAAACCCACGACAACAAACCCUCCGUCCUCGGCCAGCAGAAGCUCUCCUACGGCGGCGCCGACAUUGCCUUCUCCCCUCACAACCCUCACUGGAAGGAGAUGCGGAGACUCUGCGCCCUGCAUCUCUUCUCCCCAGCCAAACUCGCCUCGUUCCGCCCCGUCCGAGAGGCCCAGGUGGCCCGAAUGAUGGCCACGCUGCAGGCUCGCUGCAGCGCGGCCAACCUGAGCGAGCUGGCCAUGUCCCUGGCCAGCAACAUCAUCUGCGGAGUGGCGUUCGGGAGGACCUACGACGAUGACGAGUACGAGAAGAAGAAGCUCGACAAGCUGGUGUUGGAAGCCCAGGCUUUGAUGGUCAGCUUUUACUUCUCCGAUCACUUGAGGGUUUUCAGUUGGGUGGAUAAGCUGUCGGGAUUAUUAGGUCGACUCGAUACCAAUUUCGAUGAGCUUGAUGCCUUCUAUCAGCAGCUCAUAGACGAACACAUCCAUGCUUCUUCGUCUCAGAUUAAUUCUGAGACGAAGCAGGAUAUUCUUCACCACAUGAUCCAACUCAAACGUCAAAAACCAGACUCUAUCACUUGGGAUCACAUCAAAGCAUUGCUCAUGAACCUAUUUGUUGCUGGAACGGACACCGUAGCCGCCGCGAUAGUGUGGACGAUGACGGGGCUGAUGUUGAGGCCCGCAAUCAUGAAAAAGACGCAAGAGCACAUCAGGCAAGCCAUAGGGUGCAAAAAGCAGGGAGAGAUGAUCGAGGAAGACGAGUUGGAGAAACUGCCGUACCUCAAGGCGGUGGUGAUGGAAGCCCUAAGGCUCUACCCGCCUGCUCCGCUGCUCUACCGAAUAGAGCAGCAAUCGCAAAGCAUAGAUGGAUAUGAAAUUGAAGAGGGCACCACGUUUAUCAUCAACGCGUGGGCUAUUGCUAGAGACCCAGAGAAUUGGGAGGAUCCAGAUGAGUUUAUGCCUGAAAGAUUCAUCGUUGGAUCGGAUUGGGAGCUGAGGAUGCUCCCCUUUGGAGGCGGGAGGAGGGGGUGCCCCGGGAUGGGGAUGGGGAUGAUUGCCACACACCUCGCCUUGGCCAAUCUUCUCUACUCCUUCGAUUGGGCGCUGCCGCCUUCCGCCCCGGCCAUUGACACCGAUGCAUUGCCGGGGCUCACCAUGCAUAAGAAAAAUCCACUUAUUUUGCUCCCUAUAGUUCCUUCAUGCUUUACCUCAUCACCUAUUAAUUAAUUUCAUCAUAUGCUAAAUGCAAAAUUGAUGAAUAAAUAAAGAGACGACACUUAUAUUAGCCAAUGUCAUAUAAUAAUAGGAAGUUGUAGCUACGUAGAUAAAAUAUAUAUAGAAAUAGUUGUUUCAUUUUUUA